ACGUAGCGGACCCGGCCUCGGCGUGACGGGGACGAGCUGGCUCAGUCAUGGCCCAGCCCGGGGAGACCCCGGCUUCGGAGUCGACAGAGGCUCUUCUUCAACGAGUAGCUGAACUAGAGAAAGUCAAUGCUGAAUUUCUACGUACAAAACAGCAUCUCGAGCAAGAAUUUAAUCAAAAGAGAGCCAAGUUUAAAGAACUGUAUCUAGCUAAAGAAGUGGAUCUGAAGAGGCAAAAUGCAGAAUUGCAGGCAGCACAUGAUGAUCUGGAGAAAUUACAAAAGCAGCUCAUGGAAGCACAAGCUGAAAUGGAGAACAUCAAAGCCAUUGCUACAGUGUCUGAAAAUACUAAACAGGAAGCUAUUGAUGAUGUAAAGAAACAAUGGCAGGAAGAUGUUGCCUCUCUGCAGGCUAUAAUGAAAGAAACUGUCCGUGAAUAUGAAGGCCAGUUUCAUCACAGGCUGGAACAAGAGCGAUCUCAGUGGAAUCAGUAUCGAGAGAAUGUCGAACGGGAAAUAGCAGAGCUGAGAAGGCGACUUUCAGAAGGUCAAGAAGAGGAAAACUUGGAGAAUGAAAUGAAGAAGGCUCAAGAAGAUGCAGAAAAACUUCGUUCGGUUGUGAUGCCCAUGGAGAAGGAGAUUGCAACUUUAAAGGAUAAACUGACUGAGGCUGAAGAAAGAAUAAAAGAGCUGGAAGCUUCAAAGGUUAAAGAACUGAAUCACUACUUGGAAGCUGAGAAAUCCUGUAGGACAGAUCUAGAAAUGUACGUGGCCGUUUUGAAUACUCAAAAGUCAGUUCUGCAAGAAGACGCAGAAAAAUUACGGAAAGAACUUCAUGAAGUAUGCCAUCUACUAGAGCAGGAAAGGCAACAGCAUAAUCAGCUCAAACACACGUGGCAGAAGGCCAAUGACCAAUUCUUGGAGUCACAGCGUUUAUUGAUGAGGGACAUGCAGUGGAUGGAGAUGGUGCUGACCUCAGAACAGCUACGGCAAGUUGAAGAACUAAAGAAAAAAGACCAGGAGGACGAAGAGCAAAGAAGACUUCAUAAAAGGAAAGGAAAGAAGGAGAAAGGCACUGACGAUGAAUCAAAUGUACCGGUAAUAUUUUCUACAGUUCAUGAAGAAGCGCUUCCAUCAUUCCCUGGUGAAGAGGUGCACAUCAACAGCACUCAUGGUUCAGCCCACUCGCUUGACACAGAUGCGUUGCUGUCUUCAGGAGAGUCUCUCAAGUCGGACAAUGACAUGUUUAAAGAGGGACUGCGUAGAGCUCAGUCAACAGACAGUUUGGGAACAUCGGGAUCUUUACAAGCCAAAAGUCUGGGCUACAACAAUAAAGCCAAAUCAGCUGGGAACCUUGAUGAAUCUGACUUUGGGCCAUUGGUUGGGGCAGACUCUAUAUCAGAGAACUUUGACACUGCCUCCCUGGGCUCUCUGCAAAUGCCUGGUGGGUUUAUGCUAACCAAAGACCAGGAAAAAGCAAUCACAGCAAUGACACCAGAGCAGGAGGAAACAGCAUCCCUUCUCUCCAGCAUCACACAGAGUGUAGAAAAUGCUUAUGUGUCUCCUAAUGGUUACCGUUUAGUUAGUGAAACAGAAUGGAAUCUGCUUCAGAAAGAGGUGCAAAAUGCUGGGAACAAGCUGGGAAGGCGCUGUGAUAUGUGUUCAAAUUAUGAAAAACAGUUGCAAGGUAUCCAGAUUCAAGAGGCUGAAACAAGGGAUCAGGUGAAAAAACUUCAGAUGAUGUUGAGGCAGGCCAACGAUCAGCUAGAAAAAACAAUACAAGAGAAACAGGAGCUGGAGGAAUUUAUGAAACAAAGUAGUGAAGACUCAGUAAAUCAGAUCUCAUCACUUACUGCUAGAGUUCAGGAAUCUGAUGUCUUACUUAGUGAAUUACAGCAGGCAUUUUGUCAAGCUAAAAGAAAUGUCCAAGAUCAAAUGGCUGUCCUGAUGCAGUCACGAGAGCUUGUUUCAGAGGAAUUGGAGAGGCUCCAGAAAGACAACGAAAGCCUUCAAGGAAAACAUUGUCUGCAUGUGUCUUUACAACAAGCUGAGGAUUUUAUCCUUCCAGAAACUGGAGAGGAACUCCGCGAACUGGUCCUCAAGUAUCGUGAAGACAUUAUUAGUGUACGAACUGCGGCCGAUCAUCUGGAAGAAAAACUGAAGGCAGAAAUUUUAUUUUUAAAAGAACAGAUUCAAGCUGAACAAUGUUUAAAAGAGAACAUAGAAGAGACUCUGCAGCUAGAAAUAGAGAAUUGCAAAGAGGAAAUAGCUGCUGCAUCCAGUCUAAAAACAGAAUUGGAGCAAAUAAGAGUUGAUAAAGGGCAGUUGGAAUCUUCCUUGAAAGAAAAGAUGCAGCAAUUAGAAAAUUUUGAGGAAAGGGAAAAUGGUCUCGAAGAACAGCUGAAGAAGGAAGUUGCCACAAAGGCUAACUUAGAACACAUGGUGUUCGAGGAGAAGAACAAAGCUCAACGGCUUCAGACAGAAUUGGAUGUCAGUGAGCAAGUACAGAGAGACUUUGUUAAGCUUUCUCAGACCCUUCAGGUCCAAUUGGAACGGAUCCGGCAGGCAGAUUCCCUGGAGAGAAUUCGUGCAAUCCUCAAUGAUACAAAACUGACUGACAUUAAUCAGCUACCUGAAACAUGACAGCCUCAGUGGUAGAGCUGCAAAGCUACAUUUUUUUUAAAACCUUCCUCUUUAUAGCGAAACCUUUAAUAAUUAUU